UGGUUUGUGAUGAAACUGUGUCAACUUAUGAAUGGGUUCUAGAACAAACUAAGCAUGCAACAGGGAAUCUUCAACCAAAAACACUUUUUACUGAUGCAGACCCAGCGAUGCAGGUUGCGAUAAGCAACCAGUAUCCUAGGACAAUUGUGAGACAUUGUGCUUUUCAUAUUCGACAAAAUUUAAUAAAGAAAGUUAAACCAAAACUUCAAAGUAAAUGGGAUACUUUCAUUAAUGAUUUCUAUGUUAUGCGCAAUUCACUUACCAGUACAGCUUUUGAACGCUGUUGGACAAAUUUAAUUAAUAAAUACCCAGAAGUUCAAAAAUAUUUUGAACUUGAAUUAAGACUAAAAGAUGAAGCCAAAUAUUCACGAUGGCAAGAAUUUCGGAAUAUGAACCCUACUACUGGAAUCCCCCGG